CUCGUGUAAUAGAAUUAGUCCGAUUCCAGAUAAUCGAAAUGGAAUGCAUUAGCGCAAAAUACUAAUAGGUUCCUCUAGUGUUUUCGUCAAUCAAGCUUUUCGAUAAUUGUGUAUUUAAAUAUUAUCAAACAGUAUUUGGAUGACGUCCAGGUCAAUAAACUUCAGCCAUGGGGGACAUGUUCAGGAGCGAAGAGAUGGUGCUGUGCCAGCUUUUCGUACAACCGGAGUCCGCAUACGUCUCCAUGUACGAGCUAGGGGAGGCCGGCAUCGCGCAGUUUAGAGACCUGAACCCCCACGUAAAUGACUUCCAACGUCGCUACGUCACAGAAGUACGGCGUUGCAGUGAAAUGGAACGGAAGCUGCGAUGGGUCGGCUCCCAGCUACCAGAACCCCCUCCACCUCCUCAACCGGGGCCUACGAACUUGACUCCGAGGGAGAUCAACAUACUUGAGGAAAGAAUCGACUACAUCGAAUCAGAAAUCCAAGAGAUCACCCGCAACGCCCAAAACCUAAAAACCGACUACCUAUCCCUCAUCGAGCUGAAGAUUCUCAUCGAGAAAAUGCAGACGUUCUUCCAAGACCACAGCGCCCAGAGGAAGAUAUCAGCAUCAGUCCACAUAUAUAAUGGAGAUGGGGUGUUGGCACAUCUUGGGUUUAUAGCGGGGGUGGUCGCGACGCACAGAGUGCACUCGUUUGAGAGGAUGUUAUGGAGGAUCUCGCACGGAAAUAUUUUCUUUAAACAAGCACAUAUUGAGCAGCCGCUCAGGGACCAAGUGACGGGUCACGACCUCCAAAAGACAGUGUUCGUGGUGUUCUUCCACGGCGAGCAGAUCAAGCUGCGAGUGAAGAAAGUCUGCCACGGUUUCCAAGCGACGCUAUACCCUUGCCCUGCCACGUACAAGGAGCAACUGGACAUGUUAGCUGGAGUAUCUACUAGGAUACAGGACUUAGACUUGGUGCUUCAGCAAACAGAAAACCACCGCCGCCUCGUCCUCCAGAAUAUCGCGCGUGACAUCAGUACGUGGAUGGUAGCAGUUCGCAGGGAGAAGGCCAUAUAUCACACGCUGAACAUGUUCAGUAUGGAUAUCGUCAAGAAAUGCCUCAUAGCGGAGUGCUGGGUGCCAAGAACAGAUCUUGGUAUACUACAGAAAGCUCUGGAUGAUGGAGUGAGAGCCACGGGCAGCCUGAUCCCCUCGAUCAUGCACCACGUGAACACACAAGAGAUACCGCCUACUUACAACCGCACUAACAAGUUCACUGCCGGCUUCCAAGCCCUCAUUGAUUCCUAUGGAAUUGCGAGCUACAGAGAAGUCAACCCAGCUCUAUACACGAUCAUAACAUUCCCUUUUCUCUUCGCCGUGAUGUUCGGCGACUUCGGCCACGGAAUUAUCAUGACCGCCUUCGCCGCCACCCUUGUCAUCAUGGAAAAGCGCUUCCUAAAAAUGAAGAGUGACAACGAAAUCUGGAACAUCUUCUUCGCCGGCCGCUACAUCAUCCUCCUAAUGGGGAUAUUCUCCAUGUACACUGGCUUAAUAUACAACGAUAUGUUCUCUAAAAGUUUGAAUAUCUUUGGGAGUAGCUGGAUAAAUUUGUAUGAUCAACGGACGCUGAAUACGUCUCAUGCGUUUAAUUUGGAGCCGGCGGAAGCGUAUGUUCAAGUGCCGUAUCCAUUUGGGUUGGAUCCAGUGUGGCAAUUUGCAGAGAAUAACAUAAUAUUCCUAAACUCAUUCAAGAUGAAAUUAUCAAUCAUAUUUGGAGUGAUACAUAUGGCGUUCGGUGUAACAAUGAGUGUGGUAAACUUCAACUUCCUGAGGAAGAAGCAGAUGAUAUACUUGCAGUACAUACCGCAGAUACUGUUCUUGUUGCUGCUGUUUUGGUAUCUUUGUAUACUGAUGUUUAUGAAGUGGACGAUGUAUUCGGCUAUUUCACCAGACCCCGCCUACAACACGCACUGCGCGCCCUCCGUCCUCAUCCUCUUCAUCAACAUGAUGCUAAUGACUGAGACAGUGGCAAAGCCGCCAUGUAAAGCCUACAUAUUCCCAGGGCAGGGCGCGCUGCAGUCCACAUGCAUUGCGAUUGCGUUGCUGUGUGUUCCCGUCAUGUUGUUCGGGAAGCCGAUAUACCAUAUCAUGGCGGAGAGGAAACGAAGGAAAUACCAGCAAGGUGUGGAAAGCGGUGAAGUUACAGAAAAGGACCCCCAUGAUGGAGGCAUGGGCGAGAUGUUGAUCACGCAGGCCAUACAUACCAUCGAGUACGUGCUGGGCACCGUCUCACACACGGCCUCGUAUCUGCGGUUGUGGGCGCUCUCGCUCGCGCAUGCACAACUCUCAGCAGUUUUGUGGCAGCGAGUGCUAGUAAACGGGCUAGGAAAUUUCCCCAUGAAAGGGAUCGUCAUGUACUUCGUGUUCGCCAUAUGGGCGUUCUUCACGCUCGCCAUCUUGGUGCUCAUGGAGGGGCUUUCGGCGUUCCUACACACGCUACGGUUGCAUUGGGUCGAGUUCAUGAGUAAAUUCUACGAAGGGCAGGGCUACCCAUUCAUGCCUUUUUCCUUUUCCGCCAUCUUGGAGAACGAAGAUGACGAGAUGGGGCAGGGGAACAGCGCGCCCCCGGAGACUCCCAUCAGCUAUUAGAGGCCCCAAGGGUGUGUAAGUCACCGGUCAGCUCAACUGGUUAUGGACCACUGAAUCAAAUACUAUGUAAUUAUCAUGUUUGACAGGGAAUUCACGUUAUUCUUCUAACGUAUGAGUCGCAUGACGCGUUCUCCUUCACGAUUGAUUGAUUGUUUCAGUGACAGCACUCGUCUGGACUUUCAAGUAAAAUAAGGUGUAUUGGAAUAACUUCGAACGCGGGAUAUUUGGGAUUUGAAAAUCGCUAAUUUUUACUAAACAAGAAUCAUUUUCUAUUGUAGCAACAAUUAGCAAGAUGUUGAUGUGAAUGAUGAUGAUAAGCGUUGCAGUAGUGUAAUAUAUAUACAUUAUAUAGAUAGAAUAUUCACGAAAUAAAAAUAAUGAAAACGGAUUAUAUCGCGUAUAUUGAAUUUAUAAUACAUCCCUACGUUUCGAACCCUUUACAGCGUUGGUGGUCAACGGGUGACUGUUAAAUUUCUCGUAUUUAGUUAUAUAUUUCAUAGGUUUAGCGUUGAGUGGUCCAACCAACAUUUUCUUAUAUUAAAGACAUGUGUUCACAUAUUUUGAGGUCUUUUUUGAGAAAUUUGAAGCUGACCGGCUAGUAUUAAGCAUAUCGCUUGUAAAAGACUUUCUUAUAUAAUAAGUUCUUCAAAACACCGUCAUCACACAACGAAAUAUCUGCAUAUUUUGGGUCACUAUGCUCGAUUUUGAAGUUUCACAAAAUUAAAUUUCAAAGAACAAUCAGAACAUACGAUAUUCUUACUAAAACUAAAAAUACUUGAAAUCAUUGUUAAUCAUAAUCAUUAUCAGGAUAGGUUAGGAUUCUAAUGAUAUAAAUGAUGGUAAAAAUUGAAAAUUAAGUUACCUGCGCCAAAUAAGGCCAUCGUUAUUUUUGUUUAUUAUUGUUCUUAUUUUCAAUAUGAACUUGCAGUUUUUCUAUGUUACCUACUAGCGGACAUGGACGCAAAAUUUGCACCCAUUCACACUAAUAAAAGUAUGAAAUUUUGGAAGUUAGCACGCUUAAGAACCGGGCCUUAUUUGGUGAAGGUAAAAUGCAUUAUGUGAAUAAUCAUGGAGAUUGAACAAAAAUAAAUGUUUGCGAGCAUGUUAGUAUGUAUGACAAUGUGUGACAUGGUCAAUAAACUCAAAAACAUACAAAACAGAUCCCAACAUAAUUUCACUCAUAUCCGAAGAACUUUUUAUCAUAUCUCACUUCAGAAAAAGGAAAGUGUCAUAGCCAUAACCGAGAACCUCUUCGAUUAUUCGUCUAUUAGCCUCUAUGUUGCCUCGAUUAAGUAAGAGUGAUAGAGAGGCAAACAGACGAGCCACCGACUAGGUUAGCGUUAGACCCCAAACAUGCAAUUUAAUGAGCUGUAUAAAAAUAAAAGCAGAGAGACGUGAGGUGUAGACAAGAUUAUAUUUGGCCCUGAGAUAGUGUUGCUACAAGCAUGUGGCAAUAGUAUGUGUAAUAAUUAUUGGAAUGCAUUCCUUUGUCCUUUAAUUGAUGUAAAUGUUUUAUUGUAACAAAUAUUUUUUCUUGCAUCUUUGUGUUUAUUGGCAUUUUUGUGGUAAAAUCGAUUAUAAUUGCGAAAUCUUGUCUUCUUACUUACAUCACCGACAUUGGACUUCCAACGUCUGCUGUCAAACAGUCUUCUUGCCAGUAAAAUAAAUAAGUGGGUGCCACCAUGUGCCACUGAAAAUCCGCAGCAUGGCAAAGGCUCUAGGAGGAUAUAACCAAAUGGAGUAGCCAAUUAACAGGCGUUCCCCUCUGUCGAAAAUAGUCGGCCAAUGGUCAUACACAAUGUAUGGACUGACGUUUAUCUGACAUGGCUAUUUUUACGUUACGUAUAUAUACAUUUGACGUUCCCCUCCCCCGCAGAAAUCGAUAGACUUUUUGUCUCCGUCUCCGUUUGGUUAUAUCCUCCUAGCAAAGGCCAAAUAAAAUCUUGUCAGGGUUAGUACAAUGAUUUGAAAGAUUUUUUGAACGGAAAUCAUGAAAGGACACCAUUAAUUUUAAACAAAGUUAUUGUUGAAAAGACCUUUUUUACUUCUAGACUUAGUGUUUACACAUUCGAACAAAUAUUGCGAGUUGAUUAUAUCAUUAAUAUAUUUUAGUUGUAAUAUAUUUUAAUAUAUAUCGACGAUAUAAGAAAUAUAUGUUAAAAUAUCGUAAGUUAAGAAAGUUUGUUAUUUUUGUUCAAAUCUAUUUAUUGUUUGAAACCAAAGAUUAAUUGAUUUUUUAUUAUUUUAAAUUUUUCUAUCUGUGCCUUUCGAUAAAAACUAUUUAAAAUAUAAUAUAUGUUAUGAUGGUCGAGAAUUCAUUGGAUAAGUAUUCAGGGGCCUUAUAUUAUAUUACAUUUGGAUUGCUAUGAUCUAUCAUAAACUGUAAUAAUAUAUUUAAAAAAUCCUAAAGUAGGUACUAUAGAAUCGUAUCGUAAAAUUUAUUACUUGCCUUUUUUCCACUUUUUUUCGACUACGGCAAAAAAGUUUACCAUUUUAGUUUGUGGUUGAGUUUGUGGCAAAAGUGACAAAGAAUAUUGAACCCUUUGACCGCCAAAGACGUCAACUGACGCGCGCAACUACCGCCCAAUAUCAACUAAAGAUGCAACGGAUAGUUAUUUGGCCGGAUACCGGAUACACCAUGGCUUGACCAUCGGCCGCCGAAUAUUCGGCCGGCGGAACUACACCGACAUUUUGGUUUUUCAGGUGCGCAUUGUGCAGGUUUGAUAUGUUUUGUAGUGAACGUUCGCGCGGACUAUUAAUUUCUAUGUUCGAAAUGAGUGCGCGUGCAAGUGAGUGAUAUGUUUAAAUUGUUUUAAAAUAAUAAAUGAGUAGUAUUAUGACCGUGACUUUUUUAAAUUCAAUUUGUUUACUCCGACAUUAACCAAAGUUAGUAUCCGGUAUCUGAUGGCCGGAUAGUAUGUGACUAUCCGGUAUCCGACCGGAUAGUAGGUGACUAUCCGGUAUCCGGUCGGAUAUUUAAAAAAGGGCCGGAUAGGCCGGAUACCGGAUAGUAACCGAAUAUCCGAUGCAUCUCUAAUAUCGAUCUUUGUGAAUUCGGACAAGGUUCACGAUGACGCGCCGGACACGACAUGCGACGAGUUGGCGUUAAAAGGGUUACAGUUUGUAAACAUUUUAACUUGUGAUUAUUGAUUUGUAAUAGCGUUAUUUUUAUUUUAUUUUAUUUGAAAAGUUUAAAGGAAGGUUAUAAAGGAACGUUUAAGAGACGAGAACCCGCCGCCAAACAGCCAUCCAUACAAUCGAAGUUAUGCUCUCAUUUUAAAACGAGAUGCUGAAAUAACAUGAACUUGGCAUAACAUUAAAGUGCGCGGUUGUUUUGGUCGGGGAGCCCAAGAGGGGAUUUUUGUAGUUACUCGAGCGCGUCAGAUUAAGAUAUGAGUGAUAUCUUGCUACCCCGCGGAGUCUACCUUUACCACUUUUAGCCGUCUAUGUUGAGCCGUUGGUUGGUGGGGGGUUUAACAAAUCGUUAAGCAGAUUGUGGAUUUGGUCAUUUUAGUCCAAAUUAAUGCUAUAAUUGUGCUAUUACUAAAUCUGACAAUUAUUUGUACGCAUUUCCUUAAUCUGACGAUUACAAUGUGAAAAUCGGAAGUCGAACUGUGUGUGUAUGUGUGGUCGUCAGAUUAAGUAAAUGCGUACAGAUGUCAUAUUAAGUUAUUGAAAAUUUAUAGCAUUAACUUGCACCAAAACGACCAACUCUACAAUCUACUUAACGAUUUUUUAACCCUCCACCAACCCCCCGAAAUUUAAAAAAAUCUAUAGACGCUUUCCUGCUCGCUGGGAAAAGAAAACUAUGUAACCUUUUUUUCUUAUCAUCUAAUCUUUCGAUUCCAAUAGGUCUCUACGACGCUCGAGUAACUACAUAUUUAGCAUAGCCGGCUCCCCAGCUAUUUUAUGCGAUAAACGCAGCGUUGAACGCAUGCGAUCAACGGAAUGUAGUAGAAAUAACAAUGCGUUUACCGCUGCGUUCACCGCGUAAAAUAGUGUCAUUAGAUUGUCUGAUGUAAAAUGGGUGUGCGGCAAACGCUAUGCGUUUAACUCUGCGUUUAUACACACAUAAUACACAUUACAUAUGUAAUACAUUACGGUGUAGACACUUGUUUUGGCCCCAGCUGGCUUUCUCGGCGCGCGGCAGUACGCGAUACACGGCCGUCGUGAACGCUGCUCGCACUAUUAGUGCUUGAGAAAAGACCUAGGCUCUCCGAAACAUGUCGCGCGAGUGACUAAAACAAGUGAGUCUAAACCGUAAAAUGAUUUAAUGUGAAUAGUACCUAUAUGUUGUCUCACAACAGUUUAAAUUCGAUGUAAUACAUUAUAGCGAUUUAUCUAUGAAUUGGUAUUCGUUUUUGUUGUAAUGUAAAGAAAAUAAAGUAGAAUGUGUAACUUGUACUCGCUUGUAUGGCGGCUAGUUUCUUAUGACUCGUAUCCUAAACUAGUAUUUAAAAUAAAAGCGAUUUAAAGAAACAACAAUUAGUACUCUUUGCGACUUUUAUUUAAAGUUUCAUCUACAGUUUAAUAGCACAUAACAUGAUACAUCAAAUUACGUUUACAGACGAUAUUCACUUAUACAUUUCACGAAUCCAUCAAUAAACAAA